GGAUGUAAAAGUCCUGGUCCUGAACCACCUGGUCCUAGAGCAAAGACGGACUGGACCUGUUCCUGUAAAACUGGUCCUAGGACUAGUUCAGGACCUGCAAUAUCCUUUAAUAUUUCCAUUCAAACUCGGGGACAAGCUUCUGGAUUGUUUAAGAAGCAAGCUGUCGCGGAUGUUCAAUUAGCCAAAGUGGUUCUUAGAAAGAAUGUUAAUGUAGGUGGCGAAGAUCGAGUAAGAAUGACUAAUAAAGUGGUGAGGAAAGAGGAAAUCCAAUACUGUCAUUUAAGGUGUGGAAGAAUAAGGUUAGUAGAGUGCGGACAUGAAUUGGUGGAGAAUAAAAUCAGAAAUCGUAAGAAGAAGUGGAAUAAGCGGGUUCAAAAAGAAUAA